CAUUACAAUGGUGACCGUAGUGGAGCUGCUGAGCCUCCUGCUGGUGUCGGUGCUGUGGGGCUGCACCAACCCCUUCCUGAAGAGAGGCACGGAGGGGAUUGAACACGUGCAACACAACAACAGAGUCUCUCAGCUCCUGGCUGAGGUCAAGUUUCUUUUCCUAAACCUCAAGUACCUGGUCCCAUUUCUCCUGAACCAGAGUGGCUCUUUGGUCUACUAUUAUACACUUUCCACCACAGAGUUAUCGCUGGCUGUUCCUGUGGCCAACUCUCUCACCUUCCUUUGCACUCUGUUCACUGGCAAGUUACUGGGUGAAGAGUUUGGAGGCAAACAGGCUGUGGCAGGAAUGUUCCUCACCAUGGCGGGCAUCACUCUGUGUGUCAUAAGCUCCAUUGAUGGCAAAGACGCUGAGAAGCAGAAUAACAUGCAGGCUGCACACUAACGGAGAUAAGGAUUGAAACAAACUCUCCUGUAUGUUGAAGUGAUUCCUCAGCCAGGGAGGGAAGAUGGCCGAAGCAGAGUUGGAUCAGGACUAGAGGGGGGCCAUUUAGAUUCAGACAGUGACUCCUAAGAGUAACGGCUCUGGUGAGAGAAUUGUGUCUACAUUAAGUCAACAUGAGCUUCUAAAGACCUGUCCAGAAACCCUCACACCAAGUUGAAUGGGAAGUGGGUUCGUGUCAGGUUCACCUCAAGGCCAGACUAGAUUUACGGUGCUUGCAUAGAAGUUGGUGGCUGUUAACUUUUAAGCCCCGCCAUGUGACUGGCAGCUGCAUAAAUGCUAUGGAGGCCACAUACAAAUAAGGCUGGGGCUUAAAAUGGGCCAAUGUGAUGUAACUUCUUGGUGUAACGGGGACAUUUUACUGCGGCUGCCUGUGUUCACUGUAAAUGUGUCUGAACAAGUUGUACAGAUUUCAGGAAUAAUGGAAAUGUACAUAGUAAUAUGUAAUAUAUAUAUAUAUAUAUAUUUUUUUUUUUUUAUUGUCACAGUAUACACAAAACACUGUACAGACGACUUCGUUAUUGUUGCAUCUAUUCAGCUUGUGAUGUGGCUGAUAUUUUAUUAAUAAAUUGUUGGAAAAAA